AAAUAAACCCUUCCUACUCUAACAAAAGCUCCGCUCCGGCGAAUACAGAAGCAGAAAAAAUGGAUGCUCUAAGAUUCUUCAGGCGAUCCCUUCACCCGUCUCUCUCCUCUUCUACUCUCCGGUGGAACCGCUCGCUUCAGGCCUCUUAUUCUUUCCAAAAUUAUCGCUCUCUGAGGGCUCAAUCUGCCUCCCCGGACCCGAACCCGAGACCCAUCCCCUCACCCUCCGCCCCGUGCCUGCUACUGCUUGGAGAGAAGAAAGUUCGUUGCUUUUACAGAUCCAAUAGCAACCCAGAACUCGACAACAAUGCGAUUUGUUUGGUUUCCUCCCAUGGCGGUUUAUCUCUAGCGUUGAUGAAGAAUUUUGGUGGAGGGCUCCUCCCGUUUCGCAAUGUAGGUAACCUGCGACAUAAAAGCAGCCUAGUAGGAGCCUCAAAGACUGCUUCUGCAACAACUUAUCCUAAACCCUUCUGUGAAUGGCUAGCUGGAAUUAUCGAUGGCGAUGGAAGUCUUCAAGUUAACAACAAAGGCCAUACUUCUCUUGAAAUCACUAUUGGCCUUGAAGAUAUAGCGCUAGUACGAUAUGCCCAACAUAUGCUUGGUGGAAGUAUUAAAAUGAGGUCAGGUGCUAAAUCUUAUCGUUAUAGACUGCAUGAUCAGAUUGGUAUGAUUAAGCUCAUGAAUUGUAUUAAUGGCCACAUUAGGCAUUCCCCAAGGCUAAUUCAAUUGCAUCGUGUUUGUCAAGUACAUGAUAUUCCAGUAGUUUUACCUGUUACUCUGGAUUCCAAAUCGAACUGGUUUGCGGGAUUCUUUGAUGCUAAUGGUGUCAUUGGUAUUACUAUGAAGCAUCAAAUACCUCAACUAAGUAUUCGGAUAACUAGUAAACAUCUGCAAGAUGUGGAGUCUUAUAAGGUUGUAUUUGGUGGAGAUAUCUACUUUGAUAGUGGUCGAAAUGGUUACUAUGAAUGGUCUGUACAAAGUCCAAAAGAUGUUGCCAUGGUUUUAGGUUACUUUAGAUCAACUACUUGGAGAAGUAGGAAAUCACGGCGGUUCUUCCUUGUUGAUGAAUAUUAUAGGCUUUGUGAUCUCAAAGCAUUUGAACCUUCCAGUAUGAACCAUAAAGCAUGGCUAGCUUUCGUAGACAAAUGGAAUAACUUGGUGGGGAAAGUUUGCUAUGUUAUUAGACCUGUAUUACCCUCAGGCUGUGAAUCAAAGAGCGGUCCUUGUGGGUUUGUUGGCACAAGAGACUCUUUAAACUUGGGCGGCUAUAGUGUGGAACUUGCUUUGAAGAACGUGGAAUAUAAAGCUAUGGAUGACAGCACAGUGAAGAAAGGUAAACUUUGUCAAGUAUUCAUUUACUUGACAGAAUAUUAUGUUAAAAAUGCCAAAAUCUUCACAGAAGGUUCCUUUAUGUUUUUUAUUAAUUUGUCUAUGCAAGAUUAUAAUAUACAUUGGUAGAUUCACAUUCACUUCUAAGGUUGUUAUUGUGAGGUGAACAAAGGAUGGGGGAGCAUAUUUGUGUGAAAAAUGCACCAUCCUCUACAUCGACGUUUAUUGCAAAGUUUAUGUUGCUUUUUAUUUGUCUUGCUAACUUUGCAGGAACGUAAGCUAGGGUUAAAAUCUGAGAUCAUGGUUUUCAGGGAUUACCUUCUAUCAUCAGCAAUUUUUGAUACACUGGAUGUAUGGGAACUUAAAGGGAAUGACAGCUAACUUUUUGUGAUAGGUUUUCAAAAUGCUAACUAGCUGCUGUAGUGACCAUACUCAAUUCUCUUGUUCCUAAUUUCUAUAUUUAAAAAAGAAAACAGAAAAGACAUUUUGUUCAUGCCGCUGAUCCUUUGCAGACACUGCAAGGAAUUAACCAAAACUUCCCUAGUGUGGUCUUUCUUGAAGCUCAAUGAGUCCACGAAUGAUCUCUCUGGGGAAGUCACUAAUGGCCCUAAAUGGUGCCUUAAAAAUAUAAUCUGCCAAUUGUAUGUUUAUGAAAGUGCUGCUGUCAUCGAUUGGGGAGUUUAUUGCUGCUAUUAAUGGUCCUUAACCGUUGGGGAGUUUAUUGCUGCUAUUAAUGGUCCUUAACCGUAGUGCGAUAGCCCUCUCAUGGCGGAAUGUCUUAUCGUGGCUCAAGGGUCGCCGGAUGUCUUCGGCUCACCUUUUCACGGAUUGCUCCACUCUACAUGGUUUCUAACGACUCCUAACAUUGAUCUUCGUUCCUAUAUUGGCAUUAUUAUUGACGAAUGUAGAGUUGUUAUGUCCUCUUUUCUUAAUUGUCCAGUUAGUCUAGUUCCUAGAUCGUCUAAUAUGAUAGCUCAUUUUCUAGCUUCUUCAGCUUAUAGUCAAGAUAACACAUUGUAUUGGAAUUUGGGAUUCUGUUCCUCUUAACUUUGUUUCGGCAUUUUUGCAGUAAUCUAUUCUAGCUUUUUGUUUUCAAAAAAA